CGUAUUCACUGCUCUGUUUUAUGGAUUUUAUUUUAUUGUCCUUCCAGGUGGCCUGUGUUUUCUGCCAGUGACUGUCUUCCGUAUCUGCUGCUCUGUUUUAUGGAUUUUAUUUUAUUGUCCUUCCUGACGGCCUGUGUUUUCUGGCAGUGAUCGUCUUCCGUACCAGCUGCUCUGUUUUUCUCCCUCAGAAACGGGGCAGGGCUCAAAGUUAAAAGUGGGGUGAAGAAACAUCAGCAGCUGAAGUUGAACAAACUUGUGGAGAAUAUUUUCAUCAUGGCAGAUGAAGAUGCAGCUGUGGAAACAGGAAGUGGUUCAGCUCCAGGCCCUCUGGUCGCUGUGACCUUCGAGAGAAAUGCCUCGAGGAAGGAGAAGUUCCUGGAGUCCGAGCCUCAAGCUUUGGGGAUCACACAGAUUGGCCUCGGAGUCUUUCAGAUCGUCUGGAAGAGUCUGUUGGUGGCCCAGGGUCUGACCUCCAUCUGGGCACACCUGCCCAUCAUCAUUUCCUCUCUGCUGGUGAUCAUAGCCGGGAGUUUGGCGAUAGCGGGACAGAACCUCCACCUCCCAACCCUGAAGGCCUGCUUGGGGAUGCAGAUCGUAGCCUGCGGCACCUCCUUCAUCAGCAUAUUCGUCAGUCUGACCGUUUCCGAGUUCCUGGGCAUUCACUGCUAUUCCAAGUACUACGAGAACGGCACCUACACCUACAUGUACUUGGAGAGCUGCCAGACCAUCGAGAAGGUCAGCGAGCACAUUAACGGCGAGACCAUGCUGAUCAAAGCCACUCUGGUGGCCAUCUCCGCCGCGCUGGCUGCCUACUGCUGCAAGGUGGUCAACUGCUGCUCGCCCGCCCCCAAUAUGCCUGUGAUCACUGUACAAGCUCCGCCCACGGCGCAGUGAGGAAGCACACCGGAUGGCCAACGUUUCCACUCAGUGUUAUUGUGAAAA